UUUGUAUUUUGUUUUCUUAUUUUCAAUUGGACACACAUUGGAUAUUUGGGUUACAUUUACAAAAUGUUUUCCUAUAGAACUAUAUGCAUGGGAUUUAUUUUGCUUUACUACUUUAGCCAUUUGGCAGAAGCGGUACAGGCACGUAGUGACCGAGAACAGCAAGUUUCAUCAUCCCUUGCGACCAGCUCCCGUGCCGACAGUAGUAAUGUUUAUCGAAUAUGGGGUCCAAAAGUGCUUUGUUCUCUUCUGCCAGACGAUUUUUUGGAAUGUAACAAACCCAUCGAUCAUAAAGAUAAUAGAACAGCCAAAGAGGAAAAAGGCUAUGGCUGUUUAAAAUUUGGUGGUCUUAAUUACGAAGAUGUGGAGCACACAAAGGUUCAUUGCACUGUCUUCCCUGACAUUGACUGUCAUGGACCCAGAACAUUUCAAAGGGAUGGAGUUCCUUGCAUAAGAUACUCUGAACAUUACUUCCUCACCACCUUACUAUACAGUUUGCUGCUGGGUUUCUUGGGCAUGGACCGUUUUUGUUUGGGUCAGACUGGAACAGCUGUUGGUAAACUACUAACAUUGGGAGGAGUUGGUGUUUGGUGGAUUGUUGAUAUUAUAUUACUUAUUACCAAUCGUUUGACACCAGAGGAUGACAGCAAUUGGAAUCCGUAUGUUUAGCAAAGGUUUUCUUGGAAACGUGAAAAUGGUAAUUGAUAGUUUCUCUAAAGAAUUGUGUAUUUGUUGACAAAAUAAGUUAUACUUAAACAUUAGCAUAGAAUUUGAAAAACUAAAAAUAAAAUUAUAUAGUUUAAUUAAUAAUUAUGUAUAUACCCAAAACUAUGUUUAAUUUUAAAUAAUUGCAAAAUACGUAUCAUUUAAUUAUGAAAAUCAUAAAAAAAAAUAACAAUAA